CUGAACCUGGUGGGCUGAAAGAUCCAGUGGCUUCUUUUUUUCCUGGGUCAGUGGAGAUCUGAAGUCCAUCUCAGCCUGAGCUCCCGGGAUCCUGUCGCCAUGGAGACCGAAAGUGAGCAGAACUCCAACUCCACCAGCGGGAGCUCCAGUUCUGGAGGAAGCACCCGGCCUCAGAUCUCGCAGAUGUCUCUCUAUGAGCGGCAGGCAGUACAGGCUCUGCAGGCACUCCAGAGACAGCCCAAUGCAGCCCAGUACUUCCAUCAGUUCAUGCUCCAGCAGCAGUUUAACAGUGCCCAACUUCACAGCCUGGCUGCUGUCCAGCAGGCUACAAUUGCAGCCAGUAGACAGGCCAGCUCCCCCAACACUAGCACCUCGCAACAGACCACCACAACCCAGGCUUCUAUCAACCUUGCCACCACGUCAGCUGCUCAGCUGAUCAGUCGGUCGCAGAGCGUGAGCUCCCCGAGCGCCACCACGCUGACGCAGUCUGUGCUCCUCGGGAACACCACCUCACCUCCUCUCAACCAGUCACAGGCACAGAUGUACCUUCGGCCGCAGCUGGGGAACCUGUUGCAGGUGAACCGGACCUUGGGCCGCAAUGUGCCUCUCGCCUCCCAGCUCAUCCUGAUGCCCAAUGGGGCUGUGGCUGCUGUCCAGCAGGAGGUACCACCCACUCAGUCUCCUGGGGUCCACGCAGACACAGACCAGGUGCAGAACUUGGCUGUGAGGAGCCAGCAGACCUCUGCCGCUAACGCCCAGCUCCAAGGCUCUGCUCAGAAGACGGCCCUGCCAGGCAGCUCCCAGGCCUCAGGCUUACCGCAGGCCGCCAGCACGGGCCAGAGCAUGGCCGUGGCCCAGGCCUCCUCCAGCGGGGCAGGCCAGUCCCUCAACCUGAGCCAGGCAGCAGCGGGCAGCAAUGGUGUCUCUGGGGGCGUGGUGGCCACCGGUGGGAGCCAGCCCUCAAUGGCACUGAGCCAGAGCUCCUCAGCAGGUGCCACUGGCAGUUGCCAGAGGAAGGGCACUGGAGUGGUUCAGCCGCUGCCCGUGGCAGCUGCCCAGGCCGUGACUGUCAGCCAGGGCAGCCAGACAGAGACGGAGAACGCAGCUGCAAAGAAGGGUGACACAGACAGUGGUGGACAGCAAACGGUGGGCAUGAACCUCACCAGGACCGCUACACCAGCACCCAGCCAGACGCUGAUCAGCUCAGCAACAUAUACGCAGAUCCAGCCACACUCGCUGAUCCAACAGCAGCAGCAGAUCCACCUGCAGAAGCAGGUGGUGAUCCAGCAGCAGAUAGCCAUUCACCAGCAGCAGUUCCAGCACCGCCAGUCCCAGCUCCUCCACACAGCCACCCAUCUCCAACUUGCUCAACAGCAGCAACAGCAGCAAGCAGCAUCUCUGACCCAGCAGCAGCAGCAAGCUCAGCCUCCGCAGCAGCAGGCUCCCCCUCAAAACCAGCAGCAGGCACAGACCCUUGUUGUGCAACCUAUGUUGCAGUCCCAGCCACCGCAUUUACAGCUCCAGCAGGACAGUCCGUGCCAGCCAGCCACCAAGUCACCUGUUCCUAUCCAGUCAAAAUCUCUGGUCACCCCCAUCAAACCCCCUCAGCUUGGGCCUGCCAAAAUGUCAGCAACACAGCAGCCUCCUCCACACAUCCCAGUGCAGGUGGUGGGCACUCGGCAGCAGGGCUCAGGCCAAGCCCAAGCACUGGGCUUGGCUCAGAUUGCUGCAGCGGUGCCGACUUCGCGGGGAAUGCCAGCUGUAGUCCAGCCUGUUUCCCAAACCCAUGCUGCUUCCCCAUCAUCAUCUUCAGCUCCAGCAUCCUCACAGGAAGCUCCCCCUCUCACCACAGGGGUGAAUUUGGCACAAGUUCAAGGCACAGCCCACAUGGUGAAGAGCCCAGCUUCCUCUCCAGUUGUGGCUCAGAUGCCAGCAGCAUUCUACAUGCAGUCUGUCCAGUUGCCAGGCAAAUCUCAGACCUUGGCAGUAAAGCGCAAGGCAGAGUCAGAGGAAGAGAAGGAGGAGCCGGCCAGUGUCACCACACUCAUGCCUGCCAGGUCCUCUCCUGUAACAGACAACCCCAAAACCAUGGAGGAGAAGAGUGGCCUUGGAGAUAAUUCUGAUCCUGCUGCCAUUGCAACCCCAAAUGCCACAUCAAGUGAAGGAGUCUCAGCCACCCCCACCUCUGCUUCCACUCCAAACCUGGCAUUGGUGUCACGUCAGAUGGGAGACUCCAAACCUCCGCAAGCCAUCGUCAAGCCCCAGAUCCUCACACACAUCAUUGAAGGCUUUGUCAUCCAGGAGGGAGCAGAGCCCUUUCCAGUGGGUUGUUCUCAGCUGCUGAAAGAAUCUGAGAAACCACUGCAGGGAGAGGCUCCUUCUGGUCAGAAUGAAAACCUGUCCAGCAAUUCUCUGGGAGAGGACAGUGCUUCCAUGGAGCUUGACAAGAAGGCAAACUUGUUGAAGUGUGAAUAUUGUGGGAAGUAUGCCCCAGCAAGCCAGUUCCGUGGCUCCAAGAGGUUUUGUUCCAUGACCUGUGCUAAAAGGUACAAUGUCAGCUGCAGCCAUCAGUUCCGGCUGCAGAGAAAGAAGAUGAAGGAAUUCCAGGAAGCCAACUAUGCCCGUGUGCGCCGACGGGGACCACGGCGCAGCAGCUCCGAAAUCGCUCGAACAAAGAUCCAGGGCAAGCGCCACAGGGGCCAGGAAGACUCGAGCCGAGGCUCUGAUAACUCCAGCUAUGAUGAAGCUUUGUCCCCUACAUCUCCAGGACCCCUGUCAGUAAGGGCCAGUCAUGGAGAGAGGGACCUGGCAAACUCUAAUAUGGCCCCCCCUACCCCAGAUCUACAUGGCAUCAAUCCAGUCUUCCUGUCGAGCAACCCUAGUCGUUGGAGUGUGGAGGAAGUGUACGAGUUCAUUGCAUCGUUGCAAGGGUGCCAAGAAAUUGCUGAGGAAUUUCGGUCACAGGAAAUUGAUGGUCAGGCCCUGUUGCUUCUGAAGGAGGAACAUCUCAUGAGUGCCAUGAACAUCAAGCUGGGACCAGCUCUCAAGAUCUGUGCCAAGAUCAAUGUCCUCAAGGAGACCUAAGAACUCUGAAGCCAGAGGUCUCACUUUUGCUCUGACCCCAGGGCAGCUGCCAGUUUUGGAGCAUCCUGCUGGGGUGGGGAAGAAUGGGACAGUCCCCUGUGGUCUUGCAUUCAAGAAGAAUGAGAAGGAAUUUAACUGAUUGAAACUGCCAUGCACAAGCCCAUCUCUUGGUCUCUUAAUGGUGCUACAAGGUUAAGGAAAACUGCCACCUGGGGCCUUUAAACAACUCUCCUUCUUCCUAAUUUUGAAUAUGCCUCCCCUGUAUACACCACAUAACAAUGUUAAGGGCAUCUCUUUCUGUCCUAAAAGACUUCUCAAAGGGAACUGCCUUCAAGCCUUUCUGCCACAGCAGAUAUUAGCUUUGAAUAUCAUUGCCAGAACUCAAGGCAUAGGAAGAGCUGGCCCCACAUGGACAGUGGGAGCACCUGUGCUCGGGGCUUUUGUGAAGGGGAACUAACAAAUUGCAAGUGACAGAGGUGACAAGAAUUUGAGCAAAAGGGGCUGCUGCUUUUUCACUUUUAAAAACACCUAGGCUGCUCAUGAACUGGGUUUAAUAGCCAUUCCAGCAUGCAUACCAAACUUGAAGGCCUGUGGCAAUAGGAGCUGUCUUGUCUUCACUCUGCAUGUCUACAGGAGACAGUAAAGCUAAAGUGUUGUGGCAGCUAUUCACUCCAGGUGCUCCUCUCAGAACCAGUCAGAGGAUUUUUCCUGAGUACUUAUGACAAAUUGAUGGGAAACUCAAAGGGGAGGGGAUUGUUUUACAUUAGGGAACGUUGCAGCACGAGGUUUGUCUUCCCAUUGUGUUAGGGCAUAAUUUACAGAUCCAAAGCAGCCUCCAGAAGCACCAAGGCUCUUCAUGAAAUGAGCUGGGGUUUUGUUUUGUGUGUUUUCUUACCAGUUUGUAUUCUUUCCUUUUUGUGUCUGUCUUCGUUAUCCUCAGGAGAGCUCAAAGGACAAAAUUUAGGCUGACAGGAUUGUACUGCUUGCCUCAGGCUUUUUUUUGUUUGUUUUUGUUGGGGUUUUUUUAUGUUGUAAAACAAGUAUUUCUGUUACAAGAAACCAAACACACACCCUAAAAUAACUGAAUACUGGUCUUUUAAUAUGACUUCUCAUUUCAAAAGAGUGGGAUUCAUGUUACAGGCUGAUUUUCUCCUACUCAGCCCCUCCAGGUUUGCUUAGGGGUUCUUUGGUUGUUUUAUUUUUGUAAGGACCAAAUGUGGUAUUCUGCAGUUUUGUAGCCAAAUUGCCAAAGGUGAAAACCUGGGCAGUUAUUCUCUUCCACAAGCACCUCUACUUCAAACAGGCAAAAUACCUGAAGGAGUUACACAAACUGUGAAGAGGUAAGUGCUCUCUAGAGCCAAAUACCUGAGAGCAAGAUGGUGUUAUAAACCACGUAUCUCAGCUUUUCUGUUUUCAGAAGUUUCACAUGAAUAUUUGAGUGAAACUUAACACAGAGAACAGUCUUAAGCACCUACUGUUGCAGGAAAGCUGUAGUGGCAUGGGAGAAAGCCUUAUAGCAUAGGUAGGAAAACAUUAGAGAUUUUUAAAAUGAGCUCUUUAUUGACCCGUUAGAAAAAGAGGAAGGAAAGUGCUUAGUAGUUGGAUAAAAUGUGGCAGCAGCUUCCUAGUCUUAACUGUGCUGCUGAAUCUCACUUUGGUGACAUCCUUUUUCAUGUGAGAAGACUUCUGAGGCUUUGUGAAUGCAAAUAGGCCCAAAGGAAGCUGACUGUGCUUGCUUGCACCCACCCUGGCACCGCAGUUUGGUCUGAUGUAAUCUGGGGAUAGGGGAGGGCGAGGUUACAAUCAGCAGUGAGCAGAGGAAGGCUGCCCUUAAACCAUUUUAUCCUUAGCAGGCUGGCUGUGGUACAACUCCUGCUUAGUUUGACCCUUGGCAGGGUAGGCAGACAGGUAGCCUGCCACUGGUACCAGCUACUCCUGAGGACUGGAUUUUAUUUCAGUCAAAUGGGAAGGCUUCACUUCUUCAUUUCAUGUUCAGUGUUCUUAAUAAAAAAAUGCUUGAUCAGGCUUUGCAGGUCUGGCUGCUUUUUAACCCCUGAGUGUUUGGAAAGUACAAACCUCAUCAGUAAGUUAUUUCUGACUGCCAUUUCUGCAGAAAAAUGAAGAGCAUAAUCCAUCCAUCCUGAGCCU